GUUAUUUACCACAAACUAUAGUUAAAUUUACAAAAAUUUUUCAUAAAUUAGUAAUAAAUACUUUAACAAAUAAUAAUGAAACUAUAGGAGGAAAUGAUAUAAUCAUAGAGAUUGAUAAAUCAAAAUUCAAAAAAGACAAAGAUUAUUGGGUAGUUGGUGCUGUUGAAAGAACAAUAGAAAAGAAAUGUUUUUUUGAAAUUGUAAAAAAACAUGAUACUUCAACUUUAACUAAAAUAAUCAAAAAACAUGUUGAACCUGGUGCAACAAUUUACUCUGAUUUAUGA